UUUGCUGGCGGGCGGGCCUAAUUCUAAUUGGAUCGGGCUUCUAAAAUCAAUCACUCGAUAGGUAUUAUUAAUAAACCCUAGCAUCAACUUUCGACCCUUCGUCUCCACUGGUAUCUGGCGCGAUUGAUACGCCUAAUAAUCUCUACCAUCGACUCGGGACUCUCCGACGGUUGCCUUCAUAGCUACUAAUAUCUGACGCGUGGUUUAAAUUUGAUCAAAACAGCUUGAUUUAAUAUGAGAAUGGAAGAAAAGCCGAUGAUUGGCCUUUCAUGGGAGCCAAAGUUGCCGGCUUUCUCAUCUUCAACCAAAGUUAAAACUAAAAGUAAUGAUCAACCGGAGGGCAGUGCACUUUGGAAAUCCAAUACAGAGCUUAUUGAUGGUCUAUUUGUGCCACCGAAUGAUCCUAUAAAGGUUAACAAGUUACUCAGAAGCCAAGCCAAAGAUUCAGCUGGAAAAGAUUGGUUUGAUAUGCCUGCCCCAACAAUGACACCAGAGUUGAAAAAAGAUCUCCAGCUACUUAAGUUGAGGAAUGCUCUUGAUCCGAAGAGGCACUAUAAGAAGGGUGAUUCAAAAACAAAAGCACUGCCCAAGUAUUUCCAGGUUGGCACAGUUAUAGAGUCGGCAACAGAUUUCUUCUCAGGUAGGCUAACGAAAAAGGAGAGGAAGGCAACCCUUGCAGAAGAGCUGCUUUCAGACCGUAACCUUGCAGCUUACAGGAAGCGUAAGGUUAGAGAGAUAGAAGAGCAAAGUCGGCCAGCUGGAAAUGAAAAGUGGAAGAUAAAGGGUCGACAAUCUAGGAAGAGAGCCAAAGAAAGAAGGCAUUAAUAAAACCAUUUUUAGAGAACUCGAAAAGUAAGGCACUGGUAUUUCUUGCUGACAUUUUGUGUCAAAGGUUAUACAAGAGCGAUAUUUGUACCAUCCGAGGAAAUUUUUCUUUAAUUGCUUUAAUUUUAUAUUUUUGUUUGUUUUUUA